UUUUUCUACCUACCUGUGUUUUACUUAAUUUUACAUGUCUACCUUAUUAUUUCGUUCUACCUAAUUGUAUCGUUCUACCUACAAACCUUUUCAAUGGCUAUUGUUAGAGUGACAUUCAAAUCGUUGUAAAUAAUAUAUAGUGUAUGGGCGUAUAUUUAAUUUGAGGAAACGGAGAACAUUACUUUCGUAGAUAGCAAGCUAUUUGAAAAGAUUACACGAUGGGAGGAGGAACGUCAUUCCCAAGAGAGCCAUUAGAUAGAAACAAGGUUGUCAUUGUGACAGGUGGUAACACUGGAAUUGGGUAUGAAACUGCAAAGUGGAUCGCUAUGUUGGGUGCGAAGGUCAUCAUUGCAUGUAGAUCAGAGACCAGAGCGUUGGAGGCAAUAAAAAGAAUGAAAGAGGAAUACUCUACAGAAAAACAAAAGGGAACCAAAGGAAUCAUCCAAGAUGGCGAUAUAGAUGUUACAUUUUUGCAGGUUGAUUUGGCCUCCCUACAGUCUACUAAGAAAUUUAUUGAAAAUUUUAAAUCUUCUGGUCAAAAGUUGCACACACUAGUUUGUAAUGCUGGUUUGGGUUUUCUUCCACUAGAAUUUACAGAAGACGGAAACGAAUUGUUAUUUCAGACUCGUGUGACUAUUUUACAGACCAACUACCUAAGCCAGUUCCUUAUAUGUGUACAUCUGAUACCUUUGAUGGAAAAUUCCGGUUCAGACGACUGUAGAAUAAUAAUGGUGUCAAGUAGUGUACAUGAUUUUGCCCCACAGUUUGACAUUUCAAAGGUUCAAGGAAAAGAUUUGAAAAAAAGUUCUUAUGACGAAAUGGGAUAUUAUGCUUAUAGUAAACUGUAUCAGGUUAUGCAGAUGUAUUUUAUGAAUAGUAGGUUGAAAGACACUAAUGUUUCAGUCCUAUCUAUCCAUCCUGGAAUUGUUAAAACAGAAUUUCAGAGGAAUUUCCACCAAUCUGGUGCUUGUAUUGUGCCCAUUAUAAAAUGCUUCAUUUGCUGUGGUUGCGCUAGAAAUGCUUUCAAAGGUGCAGAAACUGAGAUUUACGCUGCAGUAGCACCUCAGCUAAAAGGAAUUAGAGAUGUCUACUAUGUAGAUUGUAAACCAAAAACUACAGCUAGCCAGUCAAGAAAUAGUGAAAAUCAAGAAGCAUUACUUAAACUUUCUCUCGAACUGUUGAAAGACUAUAUUCCGGACAGUUUAGCUCAGAGGUGGUCACCGAUCACAUAAGAAAACUGUAUUUCUUAAAUAGAGUUUGUCAAUUUGUCAAUUUAUUGUAAACAACAUUGUAUAAUAAUAGUGUACUAUCUGAAGAUGUUACCUUAUUUGUCGGACUAUAAUGUUUUGUGUCCGUCUGCCUUAGUUCUUUGGAAAAUUUAUCAAAGCGUUAUCAUGCGUUUUCUUCUAAUUUCAUUAAUUUUCCCUGUAUGUUUGUAUUGCUUUGAAGUGCUUCUAACAUGUAAUAAAAAGCUAUCUCUGUA